CCUCGUGGUUCCGGCGGAGGCGCUCGGAGCCGCCGCGGCCCGUUCCUGUUCCCAUUCCCAUUCCCGUUCCUGUUCCUGUUCCCGUUCCCACUUCAGCUCCUUCCCGGCCCGGGCCCCGGCCCCGCUCCCGCCCAGUUCCCGUUCUCGGCCCAAUCUUGGUCCCGUUCCAGCUUCCUUCCCGGCCGCAGCUCCGUUCCCAUUCCCGUUCUUGGCCCCCGUCUUAGUCCCGUUCCCGCUCCAUUCCCGCGAGUCCGGGCCCCGCUCGCAUUCCCGCUCCUGCCAUGGCGGUCCGCGCCAGCUUCGAGAACAACAACGAGCUGGGCUGCUUCGCCAAGCUCACCAACGCCUAUUGCCUCGUGGCCAUCGGCGGCUCCGAGAACUUCUACAGCGUGUUCGAGGGGGAGCUCUUCGGCACCAUCCCGGUGGUUCACGCCUCCAUCGCCGGCUGCCGCAUCAUCGGCAGGAUGUGUGUGGGGAACAGGCACGGGCUGCUGGUGCCGAGCAGCACGACAGACCAGGAGCUGCAGCACAUCAGGAACAGCCUGCCGGACUCGGUGCGCAUCCAGCGCGUGGAGGAGCGGCUCUCGGCCCUGGGCAACGUCACCACCUGCAACGACUACGUGGCUCUGGUCCACCCGGAUCUGGACAGGGAGACAGAAGAGAUCCUGGCAGAUGUGCUGAAGGUGGAGGUGUUCAGACAAACAGUAGCAGACCAGGUGCUGGUUGGAAGUUACUGUGUUUUUAGUAACCAAGGAGGAAUCGUGCACCCCAAGACUUCAAUCGAUGACCAGGAUGAGCUGUCCUCUUUGCUGCAGGUCCCACUCGUGGCGGGGACGGUGAACCGCGGCAGCGAGGUGAUCGCCGCGGGGAUGGUGGUCAACGACUGGUGCGCCUUCUGCGGGCUGGACACCACCAGCACCGAGCUCUCCGUCAUCGAGAGCAUCUUCAGGCUCAACGAGGCCCAGCCAAGCACCAUCGCCACCAACAUGAGGGAUUCCCUCAUUGACAGCCUGACAUGAGCAGUGUGGGUUCCUACUUCCCAGAAAGCUCCUAAGGAGUGAAGUGUUGAGCUGCACUUUGGAUCACAGAUAUCCAGACCUUCUGAUGAUGUUUCUGCAGACCUGGCCCAAAGGAGAGGCUACAAAACCAAAUUUUUGUCAUAUUUUGUAAACUGUUACCAUAAAAACUGACAAAUAACAUGCA